CCAUGGGGACCCGCGAACUCGAAUAGAAAAAUGUCGGGUUUAGGCAUUUGGGAAGGCAGCUGGAGGCACCUCGGCCAGCGCGUCUCCUCCAGAUUUGGUUGGAUCUCAUCUCCUGCUCUGGGCUGCGUCUCCUCCAGAUUUGCAGGCAGUAGGCAUGUCGACGAUGACAGAGCCGCCGCACGUCCUGGCCGUGGAUGAUAGCAUCGUCGACCGUGCAGUCAUCUCCAGGCUCCUCCGCAGCUCCAAAUACCGAGUUACGACGGUGGACAGUGGCAAGAGAGCGUUGGAGGUUCUCAGCCUGCAGGACCGCAAUGUGCACAUGAUCAUCACGGAUUACUGCAUGCCGGAGAUGAGCGGCUACGACCUCCUGAAGCGGGUCAAGGAGUCUGCGGAGCUGCGGGAGAUCCCGGUGGUGAUCAUGUCGUCGGAGAACUCGCCGACGAGGAUCCGGCGGUGUCUGGAGGAGGGCGCCGAGGACUUCCUCAUCAAGCCGGUGCGGGCGUCGGAUGUGUCGCGCCUCUGCAGCCGCCUCACCCUCUAAUCCAAUGCGAUACUACUGACCAAUUGGAGCAAGUGCAGACAUGACAUCAGCAGAGAUUCAUUCAUAUUCAUUCAGUUCAGGGUUGGAGCCUUGGAAGACCCCGGACUGGAAUGGAAUUGAGGCUGUUCUGUUUCUGGAUCAUGAUGGCAUUGACCAAUGUGUCUAGCUAGUCGCAAAUAUGAUUAGUACUAGUACUAGUAUAUGUUGUUAUCAGAGCAGAGCAUUUUGUUCGGUUCAUUCAGGAGGAAUAUGUACAUCUCGUCAUGUAAGUAAUGGCAUUAGUAUUGUACUGUAACCGACCGACAUGAUUUUGGGCUCAAGCUUUUGCUGUCC